GCGGAGCUGAGCCGGGCCGAACCGCGCCGGGCCGGGCCGGGCCCCCGCCCGCGGCCCCCGCAUGGCGCGGGCCUGAUGUCGGAGCGCGGCCCGGAGCCGCGGCGGCGCUGCGGGAGCCGGAGGAGGAUGGCGGGGCUGGCGUGGAAGUGGCCGCGCACCCGCCUGCCCGUGGGCGCCAGCGCCCUGGGCGUCUUCGUGCUCUGCUGGCUCUACGUGUUCCCCGUGUACCGGCUGCCCGACGAGAAGGAGAUCGUGCAGGGCGUGCUGCUGCAGCAGGGCAAGGCGUGGAGGAGGAACCAGACCGCGGUCGCGCUGUUCAGGAAGCUGCUGGAAGAAUGCUGUGACCCUGGGCAGCUCUUUGCUAUGACAAAGAUGAAUUCCCCCAUGGGAAAGAACCUCUGGUUUGACGGGGAAUUUUUAUAUUCUGUCACAAUUGACAAUGCAACUUACUCUCUCUUCCCACAGGCUACUCCCUUCCAGCUGCCACUGAAGAAGUGUUCUGUGGUGGGCAACGGUGGGAUCCUGAAAAAGAGUGGCUGCGGCAAACAGAUAGAUCAAGCAGAUUUUGUCAUGCGGUGCAACCUUCCUCCUCUAUCCAGUGAGUACAGCAGGGACGUUGGAUCCAAAACCCAACUGGUGACUGCAAACCCCAGUAUCAUUCAAAAAAGGUUCCAGAACCUGCUGUGGUCCCGGAAGGCCUUUGUGGACAGCGUGAAGGUGUACAACCACAGCUACAUCUACAUGCCAGCCUUUUCCAUGAGGACGGGGACGGGGCCCUCCCUGCGCGUCUAUUACACCCUGCAGGACUUCGGUGCCAGGCAGUCUGUCCUGUUUGCCAACCCCACCUUCCUGCGGGACAUCGGCCGCUUCUGGAAGGGCAAGGGCAUCCACGCCAAGCGCCUCUCCACGGGGCUCUUCCUGGUCAGCGCAGCCCUGGGGCUGUGCGAGGAGGUGACCAUCUACGGCUUCUGGCCCUUCUCGGUGGACCUGCGCGGCAGCUUCAUCAGCCACCACUACUACGACAACGUGCUGCCCGACUCCGGCUUCCACGCCAUGCCCGAGGAGUUCCUGCAGCUCUGGUUCCUGCACAAGAGCGGCGUGCUCAGGAUGCAGCUGGAACCUUGUGAGGAGCCUCAGCCUUCAGCCUGAGGGGCACUUUGGGACAUCAGGAGUUUUUAAUUUCCAUGCUCUCCAACAGAGAGCUCUGGUUGAUGUUGGUUGUUUCUAAAGGGAUCUGCAUGGACCAUGAAAACGCUACUUGAAGGCCAAAUGGAAUACGUCCUUCUUGGUCAGUGCUGUAUGGAACUGGGAGAGGAGGAAAUGUAUCUCUCCAUCAAGUCCAUUCAACAGCGGUGGGAAAAACAUGUCAGAAGCAGCACAGCUGAACUUUCCAGGGCUGUUUUUAAGUGACAAGUGUACAAAGGGCAUUAAGGCUCAGAGAGUCACCGGGCCGCUCAUAAGCUUUUGCUGACAGUGCCAAAUAUGACUAUCUCUUCCAAAUUCCAUUUCAUUCCAGAUCAGCACCCUGUAGAACUUUCCUUUUUCCUUGCUUUUUCCCUCUGUUUGGGGGUGUGUGUGUGUGUAGGACAGCAUGUGUGUGUCAUUGACUCUUUGUUUCUUUUCCUUUUAUUCUUUUUUAUUUUUGAUGCGUCGCCCCCUCCCCUGAGGAAGGAAAAGGAAGGGCUUAGAAGCCCAAGGAGCUGAGCACCAUCAGCUCCUCUGAAGACUCUUGGGAGAGUGAAGGUGCUAAGAAUCUGGUUAGAAUGUCCUAGGAAUGCCUUGCUACUGGGGACAGAUAGAGCUGUGUGUCGUAGGUAUUAUCAGGAUGGUUCGGGUCACUGCAUUACAGCCAUGCCAGUGCUGUGCUGUGGGCAAGAGCUGGUUAAGGCAAACUGCUCUGAAAAGAAAGCGUGUUACAAAACCAGCAGGGAAGUGCAGCCUGGUUUCAGUGACCCGCUGCAAGAUUUCCUCAGCGACUCUCAUAGCAGGGAUGGUUCCUGACCUUUUUCUCUGUCCAGCCUUAGGGAUUAAUUCUGUAUUCAUUUGGACUCCAGAUGUUCAUGGACUGUUGAGGGUAUUUGAGGGGUUCAGUGGAAUGUAGAAUGAGGUUCUUCAUGUGCUUACAGCAGGAAAAUUGCAGAAAUGAAUGUAAGUGUCAUUUAAAAUUAGUCGAAGCUUUGAAAAUCGUUUCUCUGCGUGUGACUUGCUCUUCUGCUUGGAUUGUAACGUUAGCCUUAAAGACUUGUACUUCUCACACGAGAUUGUCUCUGCUUAAAGAGAGUCUGGGAAAUAAAACAGCCUUUGGGAGCACCGAAAUGCUGCACAGCCAGCAAGAAAAGGAAAAAAGAGCAGGGCAUGCCUGAUGCAAGGCGGCCCUGCUCGCAGUGGUGAAUCCUGUCAGUGUGCACAGUGCCUGAAGGACUGUUUUAUUUUGGGUUGUUACUUGGGCAGCAGAUAGUCCUCUCACUGUGGAAAUGAGAAAUCCUUUUGUUUGUUUGCUUUGGUUUAGCUCUGGAGGACAAGAGGAGAAUCCCAGCUCGGUCUGCAGCACAAUUUAAGCUGCAAGAUGUUGCCACCAUUAACUUGAAAAAUCCAGAUCAGUGUUCUCUUUCUUACUAUCUUCUUACUGAAAAUCUAGUCAAGGUGUCAUCAACUGUCAAACCUGUCAUCAACUUUCCACAACUUCCUGUGCUGUUCUAGCCCCAAAGUUCUGGUAUUUUGGGGGAUGUCUCUUCUCAAGUUGAUAAGGUCUCUCCUUCUAGACUACCAGCUGCAAGUUCUAUAGAUACAAAUAAUUUUUUUUAAAAAGUGAAAUCCAUGGCUCCUCUUUAAAUAUGAAUAAUUCAACACUCUGUGUAAGAAAAUGGGGGGGAAAUAAUCAUGUUUUUCUUUUUGAACCUAUGUUUCAUAAUAAAAAUUUUAUUUUGGAAUAUGGAUAUUCCAAGCAUAAAGUGGGCACUGUUUCAUAGGAUUACAGGGCAAUGCUAAAGGGUAAUGUGGAGAUUUUGGGGUGUUCUAGGUAUUGUUCUGAUAGAAUCUGAAUGUACCUCAUAGCCCAUGAUAUCUCUGUCCAUGUUUUCAUUAAAAGUACAGUCAGCACACUGAUGGAACCUCA